CUUUUGGUAUCGCCUAAAACCGGAGCGUUGUGCAUCUCCCCACUCAUUUCUGAUCUCCAUGAUCAGUGUGCUCAUCUCAGGCCAUCAGUAUUUCGACCACGGUUCCUCGACAUUGGUAUAUUUGAAUGAAUUUUUGACGUGGUACAUGCGCGGAUGAGGUUAGAACGGGUUAGGCACGGUCGUGUGCAUUUGAUAGGUCCAUUAUUUAAAAAUUAAACACUAUAGCAGCUUUGAAGUAUAUCACAAUGUUUAUUAAACCGUUUAAAGUAAAAUCUAAUACUCAACUGAAAAGUUCUGAAAGGAAGAAACUAUGUGAGGAAAUACUUAAGGCUUUUCCCAGUUUAACAGAGGAACAAGUGCAAACAUUAUUACCAAAGAAAGAAGCUAUAAGUACACUAAAAAUUGUUACACAUAGUGGUCAGUUGAGUAGAUUGUAUUGUGUUGCUAAAGUGCCAAUGUUCUUUGAACUUGAUAUAAUAGAAUCACAGCUUUUCCCCACAAUAUUCACUCUGUGGCAUCAUCCAAGUUUGUUAUAUGCUUUUACAACACGUCAGGCAGUUGUACCUAAGCUAACUAGUGGUGCUGACUUAAUGUUACCUGGAUUAGUCCUGGAAGGUCCAGCAACUCUGUACUCAUUUGGAAAACUAGAAAAGAAAGCUCCUGUUUACGUAAACACAGAAGAGAACAAGGCUGCUGUUGCUGUUGGAGUAACUGCUCACAACAGUGAAGACUUAUAUAUGUGUGCGGGACGCGGAAAAUGUGUGGAGAUCCUUCAUGUGAUAGGUGAUAUGCUUUGCCAAUUAGGAAAACCUCCAAUUAGACCCAAUUUGGGCCCUCCGAUUACUAAAGAAAAGAAGGAACCAUCAGCUGAAUCGAAAUUACCAGAUGUAGUAUCUGAAACAGAAGGCACGGUACAAGAACACAAGUCCUUGUCAGAUACAGUAGGUGCUCUGGAUGUUAAUGAUUAUUUAUUGGAAUCAAAGGCAGUCUACGAUACUGAGGCAGGUUCAAUUGAUCCUGCCGAAGAUGCAACACAAAACCUACAGGCUGAAGAAUCAGCACCAGCAUUAGAUCCUGUUCAAGAAAUGGACGCUCUAUUAGAGUACUGUUUUCUCAAAGCGUGUAAGACAACGAUCAAGAAAGGAGACUUACCAAUGUUGUCAUCGAACUUCUUUAAAAAUCAUUUAAUGGCAGUCUGUCCUCAAGGACAAAGUAUAGAUGUGAAAAAAUCUAGCUUCAAAAAACUAUCUGUCUUCUUAGCAUCGAUGAAGGCAAAAGGAGUCAUCGAUACCUCAGUUCUUAAAGGUGUUGAAAGUUUGAUAUUCAUAAAGGCUGAUCAUCCAUUAAUUAAACAAUUAGUGGUAACCGAAGAGACACCACGACCUGAACCAGCUGUCUCAAAUGCACCAAUUGUUUCGGAGUGCUAUAGAGUUACUGCUGAUGUACUUCCUGUACUGUCGAAAUUUGGACAUGAAAAAGGUGACGUUCUAACAAGAGCUGAGGUACGAAAAUUUUUUACCGAAUACGUGAAGAAAGAAAAUCUUCAAGAUGGAAAAAUAUUAAAUCUAAAUCCUCAGCUGGCCGGUAUAUUACGUACAAAAGAACAUCAAAUUACUCUAACCAUGGAAGAUGGAAUAAAUAAGUUCAUUGGUCGUAUGACGCAUACACAUGCGAUUACAGUCGGUGGUACAAAAUUAUUACAUUCCGGACGAUUGGAACCAAUUGACAUUACUGUUGCUACGCGUUCUGGAAACAAAAAGGUAACGUUAAUCAAUAAUUUGGAGACUUUUGGUAUCAAGCUUGAAGAAUUUAGUAAGGAGUGUCAAGGCAUUGGUGCAAGUGCAACGAUUACGGAUGUUCCUGGUAAAAAAACACCUAGUGUGCUGGUCCAGGGAAAUCAAGUACUUUAUGUAUAUAAAUUACUGACUGGAAAGUAUCAGAUCAACAAGAACUACAUUAGAGGUUUAGAAUACGCUCCGAAACAAAGAAAGUGAAAUGUAAAUAUAUAAAUGUCCAUUACAUGUUUAUAGAAGAUUCUUGACGUUUUCAUUUAUGAGAACAUUAAUUUAUAUUCAUCGACUGAUACAAAAGUUUAAUGAACAAUAACGCAUUAGUAUAUGAAUUAUAUGAAAGUCAUAAAGUUCCAAUUUGUUAUAAUUGCUAUAUUCAUUUAAUAAUGAAUUCUAUGUUCCAUCAUAAAAACGAGAAUUUCAAGAAUAACCUAUGGCCUUUCGUAAAUUUAUGACUCUACAAGUGUUAUGAAUAUCGAUAAAUAUAAAAACUGUAUAUACCUCUUCUAUAGAGAUCUCAGAUGCCUAAAGAUUAUUUUGUGUUUAGAUGUUUGUCUCUUAACUGAUAGUAACUAAAUGAUUAAGUUUCUUAUAUUUAUUCCUUACCUUAAUGCAACUCCAUUCGGAUCCUAUAACGCUUCAUCUUACACUUCACUAUGACUUACGUAUACUUGUCCGUGUCAAAAGUAAAACUACUACCCAUGGCUAUUACCAUAAAACUUAACUUCUAACUUGAAAAUACACAACUGUUUAAUAAACAAAAAUUAUUCCUUCACCCAAAUGUCCCGCAAACAAAUAGGUCCAAGUGCAUAGGCAACAGUAUCUGAGUUUGUACUGAAAAAAUGACUGUAGUUUUUAAUAAAACCUAAAAAAAGAAAAA